UUCACAGGCUGUUGUGUCAUUACAACCAUGAACCUUAUUUUUCAAACAUGUUCCAUGAUGUUCACUCUGGGGAACCUGGUGGCUUCUCAUACACAAUCUCCUGGUUGGAAAGAAGCCAUCAGCACCACAAUAAUCAAUUUCAAUAAUGAGAAGAUGCAGAUCACAUGGGCAGCAAGAGAACUAUUUCCCAGUGAGAAUGUGUCAUUUUCUUAUACAUUUGAUGAAGGCAAGCACAAAAUUUGGAAGCUGUGUCCUACUUAUUUAUUUGAUCAAGACUAUAAUUCUGGAUGUCUUUUUAAGACAGAAGGACCCACCCUUGCCUUCUCUAUCAGGAACAGCAAUGGAAGUGAAGAGCUUUUUUCUAAAAGUCUAAAAUCUGAUUUUUAUAUAAAACCUAAUAGACCCGAAAAUGUGACCUUCUUCUGGAAAGAGGACACUGUUGUAGUAAGCUGUAAUAAACCAGACAGAGGUGUGAAGUGCUUGCAACUUGAGCUUCAAUACAAAAGCAAGUUUGACAAAGACUGGCAACCCAGAACUUCUAAGUGUUGCAGUGUUGGAGAGCAAGGCUUUAAUCCAAGGAAGUGCUACUCUUUCCGGGUCAGACUGAAGAGGCUAGUACCCUACUGCAACGUAGUUAAUUACAGCAGUGACUGGGAAGCACAGACCUUCUGGAUGAAUGGCACAUUAUUAGAUUCAUGUGAUGAUGAUAGAAAAUCUCAGUCAAUCACAAUAACUGUUUUAAGUUCUUUGCUGGCAAUACUUCUAAUGAUACUUAUCCUCUUGAUUUUUCUGUGUAAAUGGAAGAGGCUUCAGAAGUCACUGGUGCCUGCUAUACCAGAUCCAAAAUACGUAUUUACUGGUCUCUUCAGUGAUCACAAUGGAAACUUCCAGGAAUGGAUAGACAAAACUGAUCAUGCAAUGGUACAAACCAAGAUAGGAUAUGAAGAGCCAGAGUGCAUUUUUGAGGCAGAAAGCCAGCAAGAACACAAGAAGAAUAGUGACAAACAGGAGCCUCAAGAAAAAAUCUUUGGUUUUUCAAGAGCAGCUGAAAAUAAGGACCCCAAAGGAGCUGAGAUUGUCUGCCUGAUGCCAACAAGCAGCACUACAGCUUCUGUCUCCGGCUUCCUGAUUGUAAUGAAUGAUGACAUGUAUGUGAUGUUAUAA